AUGGAUCUCAGUCCUCUCCCUGUGAUGCUCUUGCUGAGUUCUCUUAUACCCGCAGAUCAUGCUAAAGGACAACUUAAACCGAAUCUAAGAAUAAACCAGAGCUCCAUCUACACCGGGGACACCGUCACUCUGAGCUGUGAACUGCAACAGUCCACUGGAUGGGAGUUUCUAUGGCACAAAUAUAACCAGCAGUCGAAGUCUCUGAACAGUAAGAAAGCAAACACAGUUAAAGUCACAGUCAAUAAUGAAGAAGAAACAGUGUAUAAAUGUAGUGCAUACCGGAGAAACAACAACCACAACUACUACCACUACACAGAGCUCAGUAAUCCUGUUAAGAUUACAGUAAGAGAGAGACCUAAACCAGUGGCAUCCAUAAAUCCUGAUAAUCAGGUGUUUAGUGGAGACGCCGUCACUCUGAGAUGUGACAUACAGGAUGAAAGUGUGUCUAGCUGGCAGUACAGCUGGUAUAAAGAUGCUGCACACAGUCCUGUCAGUAAAAAACAGCUGUACAGAAUCCGUGGUGUUGAAGUGACACACACAGGUCACUACACCUGUAGAGGAGCAGAGAGAGGAGGCUCACGCACCUCACACUUCAGUGACCCUCUUACACUGACUGUAUCAGAGAGACCUGCAGUACUGAGUGUAUCUCCACAGAGCUGGCUGACUGAAGGAGACUCAGUGACUCUAAACUGUAAAGUUACAGACUCCUCUACAGACUGGACAUUCAGCUGGUACAGAGAUGUUUCCUUCAGACAUGGCGUAACUCAAAUAACAACAAGUCCUGGCUAUAUCAUGUAUGUGGAGCUUCUCUCAGACAGCAGCAGAGGAUCUGGAGGCUCCUACACUCUCAGUCCUGCUGCUCUUAAACACACAGGAGUUUAUGUGUGUAGAGGAGAGAGAGGAGAACCAGCCUUACACACACAGUACAGCAAUCUACAGACACUAUGGAUCACUGGGGAUUCUCCUUUAGUUACUCUGAUCAUCAGUCCCAGCAGAUCUCAACACUUUACUGAUAAUGUUCUCACACUGAACUGUAAGGACCCGAGUGACUCUACUGGAUGGACAGUGAGACGAUACACACACAAUGAGGGAGUGUUAGAUUGUUCACAGUGGGGAUCAGUUACAAGAUCUACAUGUAAUAUCAGCUCCCUCUCCACAUCCUACACUGGAGUUUACUGGUGUGAGUCUGAAUCUGGAGAAAACAGUAAUCCUGUCAACAUCACAGUGCAUGAUGGUGAUGUGAUACUGGAAAAUCCUGUUCAUCCUGUGACUGAUAGACAUCCUCUGUCUUUACGCUGUUUAUAUCGCAACAAAAAUUCUUCAAACCGCCGAGCUGAUUUCUAUAAGGAUGGAUCAGUUCUCCAGACACAGACUACAGGAGAGAUGAUUAUCCAUAAGGUCUCAAAGUUAGAUGAAGGUUUCUACCAUUGUAAUUACUCAGAAAGAGAAGAAUCACCGAGAAGCUGGAUCUUAGUCAGAGUCUCAGUCUCAGGUUCUAGAUCCGGUGGCAGAACUGUAGGAGUGAUUGUGGUUUUGGGAUUUUUGUUCAUCGCUUUAUUGAUCUUAAUGGUCCUGGUGUGGUUCUACAUAAGAACAAAGGGUUGUGCAUUUCAGACAGAUGCUGAUGUGAACUAUGCUGUGAUUAAUCUAAAACCAAUGAAAAAAGUAAAGAGAAUAAAAGAAAAAGCCAGUGUGAUUGAAUGCACUGUCUACUCGUAA